GGAAAAUAAGAAUGUUUGGCCAUGCAAUUAUAAUGCAAGCCAUUGAGAUGCCAACAACCGUCCUUGACUUAUUCCUGGACCAGCCCCAACUCUCUCCACAUAUACAAACAUUUGAUAUGGGGGAAAACGCACACACCAAAGGGACAAACUGAUGCUUGAUUCCUCCAUGUGACAUACCUCAACUUAGCAACUUCUUCAUUUCCAGGCAAGAACAGCUGCCAGUUCUCAGCUUACAUAUUCACAGGUGAGUUUGCCUUUGCUGUUGUUGCUCAGGAUAGCAUGGGUUUGCUUUCUUAAGCAAAGAAAGGGGAGGAGAAACCCUACAUUCACCUUGUUUCCAGGCUGCCAAGUUCACCUCCCAGUCUAAAAGAAGGUCACCAACUUUUAAAGAAAUUGGGUUCUGCUCCUAGGCCUCAAUCAGAUACUUGAACUGUGGACAUUAGCAGGUGAUGCUGCUGAUCUCCAUGCUGUGAAAAUGUGGCUAUCCUGUUUCCUGUAUAAACAGCCAUUGUUAAAGGUACAGAAGCAGGCUGGACUGAGGUUUUCUGGUCAGUUGGGAACCCCCUGUCUGGAUGGACAGAUAACCUUAGGCUAAGCAAUGUCACUUUAAGACCCUGAGCUGCAGGAGAAAUGGAAGGCUUAUUCCUAUAGAUGAUUGACUCUAAAGGGGUUUUGUUUCCCAAUGGAUUCUAUUAAUGAUUCACUGGAGAAUGUUGCAUUGGCAAUAGUGACCCUUGCGUCCUAUGGCUUAUCUAGCUGCUGGAGCGGCUCCCAUCCCUUCAUCUCCAUUCUAGGAAGAGGUGCACUUGCUGCGUGAGUCACGGGCAGGGGAAGGCUCUUCUCUAUGCCUGCCAGAGACGGUCAAAGAACAAACCAGGACAGAGGCACAAGUCAGGAGCAACAAAUAUACAGGACCAUACUUGAGUCGAAGAAUACCACAUGGCUUGAGCGAGGCUCACUUGACACAGGAAAUUCUUCCUAGAUCCCAGAGUUUCCAAUGCCCAGACUGGGCUGGUGGACUUAGCUCAGUGCCUGAGAGUGCCUGCAGUACCAUCUGCAGUUCAGCGAUUCACCACAUGGGACAGAUUUCAACAAAUCUCAACAACUCCUGACAACUCUUGCUUUGCAUGCAGCAUGCCUCCCUAGCUCUCAAAACUGGACUCUAACCAUCUACCUGGACAAUACCUGUAUGCUUAGUGUAAGCAUACAGAAGGUGACUUGGAAACUACAAUUAAUUCAGAAUGCGGCUACUAAACCGGUGACUGGGAAUGGCCGUCAGGACCAUAUAACGCCGGUCUUAUAGGAUCUACAUUGGCUCUCAGUACGUUUCCGAGCACAAUUCAAAGUGUUGGUGCUGACCUUUAAAGCUCUAAAUGACUUUGGCCCUAUAUACCUGAAGGAGGCCCUAUAUACCUGAAGGUCUCCACCACCAUUGCUCAGCCCAGAUACUGAGAUCAAGCACUGAGGGCCUUCUGGCAGUUCCUUAACUGCAAGAAGUGAGGUUAGAGGGAAUCAGGCAGAGGGCCUUCUUGGUAGUCAAUGCCCUCCCAUCAGAUGUCAAGGAAAUAAACAACUAUUUGACUUUUCGAAGGCAUUUGAAGGCAGCCCUGUUUAGGGACGUUUUUAAUAUUUGAUAUUUCAUCAUGUUUUUAAUAUUCUGUUUGGAGCUGCCCAGAGUGGCUGGGGCAACUGAGUCAGAUGGGCAACAUACAAAUAUAACAACAACAACAACAACAACAACAACAACAACAACAACUAAUGGUGUCUCUUGCAGCUCCCUCUCCUUUUAAAAACAAAAGAAGUAGCUUUCUCCCUGGGCACCCUGCAAAUUAUAGUGCUGGGAAGACUCUAGUUACUUGGGUCUCAGCUAUACAGCUGCAAAUGUAACAUUUUAAGUGUGUUAUACAAAUGUGACACUAGAUGGUGAUGGGGAGCUUAUGGCAAAAUCAAUAUAUUUUUCAAAACUCUUUUUAAAAAGCAUUUUCACAGCAUUUUCAUGUGUCUAGAUUCCAACCUGCUGCCUUAAUUAGCCUAUGAUCCCUGAUCUCCCAGGUCCUAGUCUGACACCCUAACCACUACACCACACUGGUUCCAUUCCAUCCUCCUUCUCCUCCCUCCUCCCCUACUGAGAAGCAUAAUGUGAAUGAGUGAAGGCUGCAAGUAAUAAUCCACUUUUCCUUUCCCAGGCUUCACACUUGCAUGGACUCAUAAUGAGGCAUUUCCUUUGGCAGCUGUUCCUUGCAGGUAAUACAUGCAGAUUUCGGUAUGUGCUAAUAAAAGCAGUCUGGGAUGUUUCAAGCCCCGUUGGUCUCCUGGGUCUGUGGGGUAGCAUUUGGAUGAAGGGUUGAAGAAUAUAUGAGUGGCUCAUGAGAGAGCAAGCAACAAUACUUGCAUGCAUUGGCUCUGGAGUCAUUCAGAUCAAAAUCAGUAGGACUUACUCCCAAGCAAUAGUCUACAUACCAUGGUUCCAGAAUCCAGCAGCAAUCCAAAGAGUUGGAGGCUGCAAAAGAACCAGAUACCUCCCUGGCUAUGAAAUAGAGGAGAAGUGUCCUUUAAGGCUUUGAAGUUCUCCACAAGGGAAAGGAGCCCAGAGGAGGUAGACUGGAGCCAGGGGCUUAAAAGGCCUCAGUGCUCCCAGCCUUUGUUAGAGUAGCUUAACUCACUUUGAGCUAUCCGUGGUCCUGAAAUGGCUACCUUCCCCACGGACAAAGGAAGACUUGAUAAGAAGUAGCACUUGUAGAAAAGAGAAAAGGCUAAACCCCUAGCUAGAAAGUCACUCCUGAGACUUGAAUACACUUAACAGGACAUUUUUGCUUUGCAUAGCAGAUGCCCUCCUUGUGCUGCAACACAGGCUGCUUUCAAAAUCCCUCUCAGAUUCCUAAAUAUCUGGCCAUGUGACCAUGGGUGGUGGAGAGAUGGAUGUUUUGUACAGUGGGCAUCCAGAGCCUCCUUGCACAGAUUAAAAUCAUGGGGUUCUUUGCAUUCUGGCUGCUGCAUUUACAAACAAUAGAGAGGCAUUUAUCAGGGAAACAGUGGCCUAUGAGCUGGAUGGAGCCCAUGGCCCCUCUUCAUCUGGCCCACAGCACCCCCUUGCCCUUCCUGUCCAGAUCCAGCAAUUAGAUUUGGAGGAAGUGACGUGCAGCGUAAAUAAAACAGAGUCUUCUUCAGUAUAAGAAUAAAAGCUUUACUGAGUUAAAAUAAACUUGUUUGCAAAUAACAGCAUAGUGAACAGAAGAUUAAACUAGCUUCAGAGCAUACACAGAGUUACUGAGUCACACAGAGGCUCCAUUGAGCACAGGCUCCAUCACACUCUGACACACACUCUGACACACACACACACACACACACACACACACACACACACACACACACAGAGACACUGAGUCUGCCUGCAAGCAGAUACAAUACUUAUACACAUAAUGAGUCAUCCUCGAGAUGAGUCACAGUGAUUCAGCAUGCUGAGUGAUUGUGCAGCUUUUCAGCAUUUCACAGCAUUUCUAGACUCCUUUACUGCUUCUGCUCUCAAAUACCUUUGUCACAUGACAGGAAGGCCAUCUAUUAAAGCCUAUAGAAGACUUUUUUUGAAGCCUUAUUGUUGUACAGGGAGCGUGGGGGGGGGGGAGGAGGCUCACAGCUCUGAAGAGAAGGGUUAAUUUUCACUCUGUGCUGCAACAUCUCUGGCAAAAAUUACUCCCCUUGACUAGAAGGCAUUUUUCCAGCCUGACUACAGCAGGAUGAGAAGGGUAGAAUGUGAGACUCAAAGUAUAUGUUUGUGAGAGAAUAAUGAGUAUUGGUAUGUGCCUGUAUACACGCACGGUGUGAAUGGAUUUGUGCAGUGUGAGCUAGUGGGUGGUGGCCCCACUCACUGCUCUCUCUGGCCAUGGCCACUUUGGUUUUGGCUCCACCCACUGCUAGAAUGUGGCCCUCAGAAAGUUGGCCGUGAGAGAAUGUGGCCCGCUACAUUUUGUACUUUUGCAUCAUCCGAUGCAAACUUAUCCAUUGUCUUCAUGGUCAAGGGAGAUGAUAAAAACAUUAAGAGGUCUUGGUUAAUUUCUCAGUUCUUGGAGACGAAUUCAGUUUAUGGGUGACAUCAAGGAGCUGGAAGCGAAUUUUCAUAGUAAGUGUUUCAGAAACUGACCAACCUUUCGUAUCUGCUUUUCUGUUUCAGGUUAUAUAUAUUGCGAUUACCCCCUAAGAAUAAGCCCUGAUACGCUGGUUGCUUGGAAAGGUUCCUGCGUGGUGAUUCCAUGCCAGAUCAGUGAAACACAUCAUUCUGCUGAGGUCCGUGCCACGGAUGUGGCUUGGUUUUUCCAGCCUGUUUGGGAUAACAGUUCAUUUGACUAUAAUGGCAGUCUGUUGUAUGACAGUUCCGAAAGGAGGAAAGGCAACACAAUGGCAGUAAGUCCUGCCUUUCAGGACCGGGUGAAGUUCAUAGGCAAUUUGGGCAACAGAGACUGCAGCCUGAUGAUUACUCAGCUCCAGACAAAGGACAGCGGCACGUAUGGGGCAAGAGUUGUUGCUUCCGUUGGAAACUACAAUUGGAGAAACAAAUGGUUUCGUAACGCUACGGUCAACGUUAUAGGUAAGAGUUUUGCAGAGCAGUUCUAAUUUGCCUUCAUCACUUAUGAAGGAUGUGGGACCCAAGCCCUUUUCUUUCAAAGUGUUGAUAGCAGUGUUUAAUAUGGCAAGUUUCAGCCCAUAAAUGAUGCCUGGAGGUUGCAAACUAGCAAAAGGAUAUGUGUAGGCUUCUAGUUGUAGGACAUCCAAAGAUUCUCUUCCUCUUAUACAGUGGUACCUUGGGUUACAGACGCUUCAGGUUACAGACUCCGCUAACCCAAAAAUAGUACCUCGGGUUAAGAACUUUGCUUCAGGAUGAGAACAGAAAUUGCACAGCAGCAGUGCAACAGCAGUGGGAGACCCCAUUAGCUAAAGUGAUACCUCAGGUUAAGAACAGUUUCAGGUUAAGAACGGACCUCCAGAACGAAUUAAGUUCUUAACCCGAAGUAUCACUGCACUUAAGAACUUAAGAAGAGCCUGCUGGGUCAGACCAAUGGCCCAUCUAGUCUAGCACCCUGUUCUCAUAGUGACUUGUGAGAAACCCAUCCCAGGAUCUGAGCAAAAGAGCACUCUCCCCUCCUGUGGUUUCUAGCAGUUGGUAUUAGGAUGCAUUACUGCUUACUCCUAAUCCCCUCCCAGAGGUACGGUUCCCAGAGUGGAUUAACAAUCAAUCCCUCUUUGCAGGGAAUCCUAGGAAUUGUAGCUCUGGGAGGCGGAUGGGGUCUCCUAACAACUCUCAGCACCCGUAAUAAACCACAGCUCCCAGAAUUCUUUGGGGGAAGCCAUGACUGCUCAAAUGUAUAAUGUGAAUGUUGCCUUAGAUAUGUCCAUUAGUUUCAAUGGGCCUACUCUGAGUAGGAGUUAGGGGGAUAUAAGCCAGGACAUUGAUGUAGGAAAGACACCAACAUUUAGAUAAUUAAAGAUGCACAUUAAUUGAUUGCCCAAUGUGCUCAAUCCCCAUUUCUAACAGGUACUUACUUACAUGAGUCUCUUUUUUGUUGACUGGUUUUUAGCCACAUUCUCCUAUUCCCCUGAGUAUGCAGAUGCACUGCAAUAAUGUUGUGAUACGUAUCAUCCAGAAAGAAACAUUUUGAUCUGAUUUUCCAGACAGCCCAAAGGGUGUCCAUGUUGGCAUUAUGAAUGACCUGCCCAUAAAAGAAGGAGACACGGUUGUGCUCUGCUGCUCUUCAGGCAGAAAUUACUCCAGAGACAACUGGUACAAUUGGGUCAGGUCAGAUCGCCAUUCAGUUGAACAUAAGUAUAGCGCUUCAGAGCUGUUAAUCUUCCCUGCGACCUCUGAACCGGUCACAUCUUAUGAAUGUGAAGCAUGCAACAAUGCUGGCUGUACUUCAUCCCAAAUGGUCACCGUGGAUGUACACUGUGAGUAGCACCACUUUAUUUACUAGCUGGGGCCCUAAGGCAUUCUGCACCGACAAAUCCACAAGGAGAGGGAGAGCAGGUCAUUCAGCAUGUUUGGUCCAUCCAAGGUACAUAGCAUAAAUGCACAGUCUACCUAUUUGUGUAGCCAAUUCAGGGAUUGCAGGUUGAAUACAAAUGGAUGAAGUCCAGGUUCCUGCAGACAGAGCUUUCUUCUUCCAGCAUUAGGUCCAAGCUCCGAGGGCCUUCUGGUGGUUCCCUCACUGUGAGAAGCGGAGUUACAGGGAACCAGGCAGAGGACCUUCUCAGGAGUGGCGCCCACCCCGUGGAACGCCCUCCCAUCAGAUGUCAAGGAAUAAACAACUAUCUGACUUUUAGAAGACAUCUGAAGACAGCCCUGUUUAGGAAAGUUUUUAAUGUUUGAUCUUUUAUCGCCUAUUAUUAUUAUUAUUAUUCUAUUGGGAGCCACCCAGAGUGGCUGGGGAAACUGAAUCAGAUGGGUGGGGUAUAAAUAAUAAUUUAUUUAUUAUUAUUAGCUAGAUAAUACACUGUGGAUGUCAAAUAUUUGAUAGCAUUGUGUUUUAUGAAAGUGUGGACCUUUACCCAUAGAAACUGUGGACUAUUUUUAGUUGUCAGAUAGAUCCACUGAGGCAAAAACAAUUUGGUGAUCUUUUUCCAUGCUCCUAGAAACUGAGAGCAUUGUAAACUGUGAGCAUUCACAGUUGGCCCAAGAAAAGAAUAUGAGGGUCAAGAGUUUCAGGGCUGAUAAAUUAUGUUGUUUUCCUGACUUCAAUGCUGUUUACUUGAUAUGCAACAGAGCCUUAGAUGACGUCACUUUCCCGGGUUCAGUUGUCCAAGUGUGGGGUGUCUUCAUAUGAUGGUUUCUCUUUGUCCUCCUCUCUUCCUGAAGUUGCCCCCAAAGGUGUAAAAAUAAAAAUGACGCCAGCAGGCAAGAUCCAGGAAGGGAAGUCUGUUCAGCUGAAGUGUGAAGUCAGAAAGGCAAAACCCCAGAAUCUCACAUACACAUGGUACAAAGAUGACGAAUGGCUGGAGAUGGACUCUGCGACUGAAGAGUUGUCCAUUCCAGAAGUUACUUUAGCACACUCUGGCAGAUACAGGUGUGAAGCCAGCAAUAGUGUGGGCACAUCGCGGUCCUCACCAGUCACACUCAGUGUUAUUGGUGAGUAAGAUAAAGAGAGAGAGACAUUGAAACUGUACUAAUGAUAAAAUCUUAGAGCUUGACUUCUGUGUUGUAGCCUCUUAAAUAUGACUAUUAUUACAAAUACAUCAUUCUGUGAUAUAAUGAGGUGGACAGGCGCAAGCUGAUGUCCAUCUUCCUUGAACCUUUCCCAUUUCAGGUGUCUUGUCUGAUGAAAGUGGACUGAGGAAACAUGCUAACUCUUUGGUGGCCUGGAAAGGAUCCUGUGUGCUGAUUCCAUGCGAGAUCAGCGGAACAUUUAACUCUGCUACAGUCAACGCCACAGCUGUGGCUUGGUACUUUGAGCCUUUUUGGGACCACAAUUUGCCAGAUUAUAAUGGUACCUUGUUGUACAACAGCUUCAAAUUCACAGAAGGCAAUGCAAGAAGUGCUGCCUUUCAGGGUCGGGUGAAAUUUUCAGGGGACCUAGGUAAUAGAGAUUGCAGCUUGAUGAUCACUCAGCUCCAGAAAAGUGACAGCGGCAGGUAUGGGGCAAGAGUCGUUGCUUCUGUUGGAAACUAUCCUUGGAGACUCAAGUGGUUCCUUGAUGCCACAGUUAAUGUUACAGGUAAGAGCUUAGCAGAACAGCUGUGAUUUUUUUGCUCCAUCCCAUAUAAAAGUGGUCUUUUAGUUGAGAUGCAGAACCCUCCCUUUCAAAGUAUCAUCAACAGUGUUUGAGUGGUCAACUUUCAGGCCAGAAAUGAUGCUAGCAGUGAAUCAUUCCCUCUAUUUCCAAAUUUCAGAGGAGAGGGGAGGUUUCUGUGUAGCCAAAACCCAUGCACAAGUGCUAAGUAUUUUUAUAUAUAAUUUUUAUUAAUUUCAACAUACCAAUUAUUAUACAUUACACAGAACUUCACAUCUUAUACAAUCUUUUUGGACUUCCAUCAGCACCUCUGAUGAUCCACCAUUUUUAUCAUUUCUUCUGCAUUUCUUAAAUUCCUAUUGCCUUUAAUUAUCUUAACUCACAAUCCACCUCUUUAACUAUUUUCGCAAUAAUUCAAAUAAUUUACCUCACAAAACUUCUUGCAAACCUACAAACGUAAUCUGGCCAUCACAAUUACUUUUCAAAUAGUCCGUAAAUUUACACCAGUCUUCUGUGAAUCUCUGGGAUUCCAUUUGUGAAUCUCUGGGAUUCACAGAGAGGCACGAGUGCUGAGUAUUAGCAGGCUCGGGGUCAGUUCAAGGUUGGCAUAAGUACAAGUGAUCUUUAGAAAAAAAUACUAAGACAGGUUUAGGGAACCUGUGGGACCGCCCCCCCUGCAGAUGUUGCUGGGCUUGCAGGUGAGAAUUCAAAGAGAACUGAGCAUGUUCAGUGGCCAUGGAAUGCUGAUGGAAUGUUGAUGUCACCUAUUGAAUUUCUUCACAUCAAACUACUGAAGAUGUAAUGAUAAUUCUUCGAUUGCAUACAUUGUUUUUUUCCCCCAUGAGAUGGACUGCCUUAAUUUUUCUUUAGCAGUUUCUAGCCAUCUGGAGCAGCUAGAACAUGAUGCUGAAAAUGGAAUUGGUGGUAUAUUAUGACAUGCUGUCCUUUCCUAGAUAGUUGUAUCAAGAAAGUACGAGAGCAAUCUUGUUGGUACCACUGACUGGGCCCCAAGAAAAAGACAAGCAGGUGGGCCAACUGAGGUUGGUCAGCUCACAGUGUAUUGUGUCCAACAGCCCCCCCCCAAGGCCUGGAACUUUUGCUAAAACACAGGUGGAUAGUGAUGUUUUGGAGAAACUCUGUAGCUCAGUGGUAGAGCAGCUGCCUUGCAUGCAGAAGGUCUCAGCCUCAGUUCCCAGCAUCUCCAGAUGCUUCAUCCACACACACACAUUUAAAGCACUCUUAUACCACUAACAGUCAUGGAAAGUUGUUGGCAAUGUUGCUGGUUACCAGGGCUUUCCCACCCAGCUGGAACUCACGAGAACUGAGUUCCGGCAUCUCUCAGGUGAGCACUACAGUGGUACCUCGGGUUACAUACGCUUCAGGUUACAGACUCCGCUAACCCAGAAAUAGUGCUUCAGGUUAAGAACUUUGCUUCAGGAUGAGAACAGAAAUUGUGCUCCAGCGGCACAGCAGCAGCGGGAGGCCUCAUUCGCUAAAGUGGUGCUUCAAGUUAAGUACAGUUUCAGGUUAAGAACGGACCUCCGGAACGAAUUAAGUACUUAACCCGAGGUACCACUGUAUUGCCAUUAUAAGAGAACAAAGGAGGCGUUCAUGGUGAGUUCCGGCAACUUUUUUCAUAGAAAAAUAGCACUGCUUGUCAGUGGCGUAGCGUGGGGGGUGCAGGGGGGGCCGGCCGCACCGGGCGCAACAUCUGGGGGGGUGCGCUCGCACUCGCAGCUCUCUGCCCCUACCUGGCUCACUCACUCUCUCUCACUGCAGUGCUGGCUGUGCGAAUCCGAUCCGAGCCGCUGGGUCGCCGCCCACUGUGGAGGGGGUGGGUGCCAGGCGUGCGGUGCGGAGAGAGAGUGAGGGACUAUCUGGGGGAGGGACAGUGCAGCGGCUGCCCAGCGCAGCGCUGAGCGCGGGAGAGAACCACACCAGACCAGCCCAGGCAGCAGCAAGAAGAAGCUGGCAGCGGCGGCAGGUUAGGGGUUAGGGGGCGCAAAUUACUUGCCUUGCCCCGGGUUAGGGGGCGCAAAUUACUUGCCUUGCCCCGGGUGCUGACAACCCACGCUACGCCGCUGCUGCUUGUUAUGGUUUUGGAAGUAAUAUCUCCAUGAGGUCAGCACCCUUAACAAACCAUAGUUCCUAGGAUUCUCCUUGACUGUUAAAGUGGUAUAAGAGUGUUUUAAACACAUUGUAGGAUAGGACUGGGUGAGACUCCAGUCUCAAAUCCUGGAGAGAGCAGCAGCUGCUCAGUGUAGAAAAUAUUGAGGUGGAUGGAGCAAUGGCUUGGCUCGGUAUAUGACAGCUUCCUAUGUAUUGGUGGCCAAGGCAUCAGGUUCUCAUCAGUAUCAAUCAGUUUAUCCAGUAACUUUUUAUCAUCACUUUGCCCUAACUAGGGACUGCUAUUUUUCUUUUCUUUCUUUCUGCGGAUUUAGAGUCACCUCCAGAACCCAGGUUGGAAAUAGUCCCUGCGAUAGUCCAUCAAGGGAGGACUACAGAAGUGAUCUGCUCGGUGCCUUACCAUUGCACCGAUGUGCUCAUACUCUUGACUCUCAGUGGCUUAGAGAAGCAUCACUUGUCUCCACAAAUAACCAUGCUUGAAAAUCGAAUCACAAAGAUGGUGAUGUUUGAACCCACAUGGGAGGACAACGGGAAAACGGUGGGCUGCUCGCUGAGCAAUCUGGAUGGGUCAGAGAUAUCCCACAGUACUAUGAAACUGAAUGUGAGAUGUGAGUGCACAGUGGGAAAAGAUGGGUCCUUUUGUGGAUUGAGAAGAUGGUGGGAGCAAAAAUCAACUAAUGCGAUUAGCCGCGUCAUGACAAGGGCUGCAAUAAUAUGCACCAGGGGUGGUGAAAAAGUGAAUCCCACGCAAAGGGCCAUCUAAGCUCUGCAUUUAAACCUCCAAGGAAGGAGAGUCCACUUCCUGAUGUUUAGUCUGAAUCUCCUUUCUUGUAACUUGAAUCCACUGGUUUGGGUCCUAGCCUCCAGAAAAGCCCUUUAGAUAUUUGAAGAUAAUAAUAAUAAUAAUGAUAAUAAUAAUUAUUAUUUUUAUUUUUAUUUAUUAUUUAUUUUUAUUUAUACCCCGCCCUUCCCAGCCAAGGCUGGGCUCAGUGCAAUAAUAAAACAAGUUGAAUGAAUACAACUUAAAAACAAGAUUAAAAUACAACAUUAAAAUAUUGAAACAUUAAAAUAUUAAAAUGCAGCCUCAUCACAGGAGAAGAAAGAAAAAGAAAGAAAGAAAGAGGAGGAGGGAAUCAAAUUGGCUCCAAGCCAAAGGCCAGAUGGAACAACUCUGUCUUACAGGCCCUGUGGAAAGAAAUCAGAUCCUGCAGGGCCCUGGUCUCAUGAGGCAGAGCGUUCCACCAGGCCGGAGCCAGUGUUGAAAAGGGCCACUAGGGUGUUGCUAUUUAUGGACCUUGAGGCUCUCCGUGGGGCAUACCAGGAGAGGCGGUCCCGUAGGUACGAGGGUCCUAGGCCGUGAAGGGCUUUAAAGGUCAAAACCAGCACCUUAAAUCUGACCCUGUACUCCACCGGGAGCCAGUGCAGCUUGAGAAGCACUGGGUGAAUAUGCUCCCAUGGCAGAAACCCCGUGAGGAGCCUCGCUGCAGCAUUCUGCACCCGCUGGAGUUUCUGGGAUAGCUUCAAGGGCAGCCCCGCAUAGAGCGAAUUACAGUAGUCAAGCCUGGAGGUGACCGUCACAUGGAUCACUGUGGCUGUCAUAUCUCCUCUCAUUCAACUCUUUACUAGGCUAAACAUUCCCAACUGUUCCUUCAACUGUUUCUCAUAAGGCUUUGUUUCCAGACCCUUUAUCACAUCGGUUUGUUAUUAGGUAUGCAAUGCACAAACAGGCACAUUGACCUGAUUUUCCAGAUCGUCCCGAGGAUGUCCAGCUUACCAUUAUGAAUGAUUUGCCAAUAAAGGAAGGAGAUGUCGUCAUGCUGAACUGCUCUGUGGGCAGAAGUAACCCUGGAAACAACUGGUACAACUGGGUUAAAUCAGAUUCACAUACAGUUGAACAUAAGUAUAGUGGCUUAAAUGUAUUGGCUUUCCCUGCGACACCUGGAUCUGAAACGUCUUACACAUGUGAAGUGUGCAACUAUGUUGGCUGUACCUCAUCCCAAACAGUCACUUUGGAUGUUCACUGUAAGUAAUGCUACUUAAUUUGCUUUCUAGAAGCCCUGGAGCACACAUCAUUGACCAAUGUACUUGCUCACAGGGAGAGGGAAGGCUUUUGGAGGUAAGUAUAUUCAUUCAACACAUUUAACCUGUCCAAGACACAGCCUCUGCGCAGCCCAUGAAGCAAAUUCAGCCUGAAUGCUCAAGGAACUAAAUCCUCUGUUCAUUUGUGGAUGGCUGGUACACUGUGGAUUCCAGGUGCUUUGUAGCCUUGCUUUGAAACAUGUCAAUGGAAACUGUGGGCCACUGUCAGUUACAAUUUAUACAUAAAGACCAACCAGAGGGGGGAGAAUUUGCUUUGGAGAGUUUGAGGAUGAUGUAAGCAGCAAGCUCUCGCUGAUUGCACAAGAAGGUAGUGUGUGCCUGCGGUAGGGCUGCCACAUUUUUUAUGUAUGUGUCUUUGGGGACAGUACAGGAAAUUCCUCUCUUGUGCAACUGGCUUUCAUGCAUGCCAUGGCACUGCCAGGCAAGGAAUGUCCAGCUUGAGGAAUUAACUCUUUAUUAGAAGUACACUUGCAAGUUAGGAAAAGGCAUGUCCACCAGUUCUACGUCUCUCAGCUACUCCUAGGUGUGCACCUGAUGAGGCAGUUGCAGCGACAGAGAGGCCUCAACCUCAGCUUAUGUAUCUCCCCAGUGCUCCCCCCCCAAAAAAUGUUUAGGGGUACUCUCAUUUUGAUUCAAGCAAAUCCCCAUUUUAUAGUUCCAAUUGGGGAAAAUAAAAACAAUAAAUGGACAAAAGUACAAAGGUUCACAAAAUGUUUAGGGGUAUGCAUACCCCCAUGUCCCCUCAGAAAAAAAGCACUCUAUCUCCCCUACCUGAGCUGUGUGCAAGCAGGCGAGGACUAUGUCUGUGUGUAACCUGUUUCUAUGUCUCCCAUUUCAGUUCUCUUCUGAUCCUGGGAGACAGUGGAGCAGGAGAGGUGGGGGCAGGAGGCGGUGGCAGCGUGGGGGUCCUUGACUUUACACCAGCCUGACCUAUCUCUUUCUCCUCCUGCACCUGUUCUUCACUCUCCAACGCUGCAGUUUCUCCUGCCUCUGACUUCAAUCCCCCUUUUCCUGGGUCCUCUCCUCAGCAUCUAACACCCAUUCCUCAGUGUCCAGCCAGUCUCUGACAGUGCAGCAGAAACCUUGGUGCUGCAGUGAUGAUGAUGAUGAUGAUGAUUUUGCAUUCAUUUGCUUGUGUCUUUGUGUGAUGCUUUGUAUUUGUUCUCCCUUCCUGCAGUUGCUCCCAAGGAAGUAUACAUUUUGGGAAUGACAGAAAAGGUGGUCCAUCAGUAUAGCCGUUUUCAGGUGACGUGCGAAGUGAGAGCAGCUAACCCUAGAGAACUGAAAUACGCAUGGUACAAAGAUGAGCAACAACUGCUGCAGGAUUCUGCAGAUAAUGUGUUGACCAUCCAUGAAGUGAAACCAGAGGAUUCCGGGACCUACCAUUGUGAAGCAAGCAACAGCGCAGGCCCAUCACGCUCCCCAGCCAUUCUUAUAGAUGUCCGUUGUGAGUAAGAUUGAUUGAGCUUAUUUAUAUGCCACCUUUCCACAGUGGGCUGGGCCCAAGGUGUCUUGCAACAAACAUCCCCUUAUUACCAAAAUACAAAGAAUUGCAGGGGUGGUUGUGGCUAGGAGUGCCUUUCUUCUGUUCUGGCUGGUUCUCCAGCUACGAACCCUUUUGGAUAGAGAUGACUCGGUCACUGUACUCCAUGGUCUGGUAUCUUCCAGAUUGGAUUACUGCAACACACUCAACAUGGGGCUGCCCUUGAAGGCGAUUCGGAAGCUUCAGCUGGUCCAAAAUGCAGCAGCCAGAUUACUGGCUGGUGUUCCAUUUAGAUAUGAUAUAACCCCAUUUGAAAUAGCUGCCUUGGUUGCCAGUUCAUUUCUGGGCCCAGUUCAAGGUGUUCACAUUGGCGUUUAAAACCCUUAAACAUCUCAGGCCCCAAAUAUCUAAAAGUGUGCCUCCUUCUCUACAGCCUCACUUGGGUGCUGAGAUUGGCUCUAUUGGUAGUUCCUCUGCCCUCAGAGGCUGAAUGUGGUGAGGGCCUUGGACAGGGCAUUCUUUGUGGCCCCUAAGCUGUGGAACUCCCUCCCAACAAAGGUACACCUGGCACCUUCAUUGUACAACUUCCAGAGGAUGCUGAAGAUGCGCCUCUUUGCCCUCGCAUUUAACAGUUGAGGUGUAUGCUUUUAGGAUCUGCUUUGUUUUUAUGGCUUAAAGUUGUUCUAAAUUGUUUUUAAUACUGUUUUAGUGCUGUAACUCACCCCUAGAUCUUAAGGUGAAGGAUGGGUAAUAAUUGAUUGAUUGAUUGAUUAAUAAUAAUAAUCUCUUCUCCAGAGGAGGUUGAGGGCAGCAAAAUGGAAAUACUGCAGAGGAUAAUGGUGGUAAUGCCUCUUCUUCAGCCUCCUGGAAGUUCCAAUUGCUGGUGCUGGUUUUAUUGAAAUGAUGGGUUGUUGGAAGCCUUCUUUUGUUCUAAUACCUAGGCACUAAUCCUAUUUCAUCCCACAGCUGAGCACAGAAUCCCAGCAUCUCAGACUCUGAGUCUCUGUUUCUGUACCAGUGGCCUUUUUCUUAUGUCAUAUUUUCAAGCAGAGGUCAUGGAUGCUCAUUCCACCCCAGCUGAUAGAAACCAAGUCAUUGCUAGUAGAAGGUCACACAUCCUUCAGGCAAAAAGCCAGCUUCAUUUGCUAAUAGGAUUGUGGGGCCAAAAUAAGUAAUAUGAAUUUGAAGUAUGGAAUAGACGGGAGGUUGGGUCUUUAGUGUUAAGACCAAUAGAUGUUUUAUUGUUUGCUAAAAAUAUUAAGUGUCUAUGGUUAUUUUUGUAAUUUGUGUGUAAUUCGGUAUUUGUGUUUUUUGUUUGUUUGUUUUUCUUGUUGUAUAAAUAAAUAAAAAAAAAGGAUUGUGGGGCCAAAAUGAAAUGUUGCCUACAUUAAGCAUUCCCAUAUUCAGAUUCUGAAUUUUGCAUCUAGCAAUGUUUUCCAUUUUGCUUUCCAAAAUUUGCCUUGGGGUUUUGAAAGGCAUAGAACCUCAAAUAACCUAGGAAUUAGGUUUGGGGCUGAGUAAACUGCAGAGCUCACCUUCAGUGGGUGGUGUUUAAGACUAGUCCUACUCAGGGUAGACCCAUUGAUGGACAUGGCUAACUUUAGGUCCAUUAAUUUCAAUGGGUCUACUCUGCGUAGCACUUAAUUGAAUACUACCCAGUUUGUGCAAGAAUUGGCAGGAACCACCUCAAAAGCAAUAUGCAUAAGAAUCCUUUGGAUUAUAUCUGGCCUAGAGAUGUCCUGAGAGAUCUGAGAGUGAGGUGCACAACUUUACAGAAUGAUGCAGAUAAUGCUAGGGGUCUGUUAGUUGUGGGGAUGGUAGGAUUACGGAUGUAAAAUGGCAUCCUUUUCCACCACAUGCAGCACUGUUCCCAUGCUGCUGCAGUUCUUCCUCCAAAAACUACAUUAUUUGUCUUACUCUCCACUAUGGGAAAUUUAUGUAGCUUAUGCAAUAUAUGUAAUUAACUAUGCUGUCAUUACAUUAUUCCAUCUCAUUUAUUUCAAAAUAAAGGAAACACAGUGCAAAUGGGAGCAAAAACAAAACAUUAUUAUUAUUAUUAUUAUUAUUAAUAAUAAUAAUAAUAAUAAUAAUAAUUUAUACCCACCCAUCUGGCUGGGUUUCCCCAGCCACUCUGGGCGGCUUCCAACAAAAUAUUAAAAUACAAUAGUCUGUCAAACAUUUAAAGCUUCCCUAAACAUUUGCAGUCUGAAAGCAACAACAACAACAGCAAAGCAAUCAUAUUCAUUGGACUGGGUUAUUCAGAAUGGCAUGGGAUGAUUAAGUGGACGUAGACAAUUUCUUCUCCUGUUUCUGUUUUUGUCAUAAUUCUCCGACAUCUCCGGAAUAUGAUGUUGAGUAUGUUUUCUUUCUUUGCCCCAAAGCCUGAUUUAUAGGGAUUUCAAAGAACUGAAACAAGCAGUCAUCAAUAUUGUGACCACCUUUUGAGAACAAAGAAGCAGAGCAAAGCCCCAAAGGAUAUGUCUGGAUAAGAGAACCUAGAAGAAACCACAAAGGAGGAGAGGCAAUCAAGAUCCCAACUACAUUCUCACAAGUGAUGAUUCUUCUGCCAUACUUUCCACUCUUUUCUUAAAUGUUGUCUUGUGUUCACAUCCCUUUUGUAAGAGAAUGAAUUCUUGAUAAACAUCUCCUUAAGAUGAAUCUUAAGAUUUAGAAUCAAACAAUGUUUGUAGGGUACCACAUUGGCUAUGUUGGACCCAAAGCUUAGGCCAGUCUGGAAAGUCUCAGGCUCCUGCCUCCUCAUCUCCCCAUUUUUGCCUUUUCCUUUUGUGCACCGUCUCUGCAUACUGACUGGGAAGGGCCAUUGCUCAGUGGCAGAGCAUGUGGUUUUAAUGGAAAAGGUCCCAGUUCCAAACCCUGCUAUCUCUUGCUCUGGGCUGGGGAAGAUUCCUAUAUGAAGCCCUGGAGAGCUGCUGGAAGCCAAUAACAGCACUGACUUGAAUGGACCAAUGGGAUGAGCUCAGAAUCCAGCCCCUUUCCAUGUUCCUAAUUGCCAGGAAGAGAGUAUUCCCUAGCAUACAUUGAGGAUGGGCGGAGGGAGGGAAGAGAUACUUUCAUUUGCUUUUUCAUACAAACUCACCUAAGCUAACCUUCCCAAAGCAAAACCCAACUCUCCUUUGAUAUCUACUUCACCGAAUUUUGCAUUGCACUAGGGAAUAUCACUGGCAAAAAUGUGCUUAUUAGGUAUAAUUGCAUACAAAAAAUCCAUACAUUCAUCUGUGCAUGAAAAUGUGUUUGAAUCUUCUCAAAAACAUUCCCCAAAUUGAUGUAAAAAUGCAGCGAACUUAACGACUGAAAAACAUGAGAAAGAGAGGGAAACCAAAAUGGGCAGAUUUCUCUGACCCUCAUGAACAUGCACUGAAUUUGACUUGCAAAAAUGGAAGUCACUUUCAAACUCCCACUAUCACCCCUGGCUAUUGAUCAUGUUUGCUGGGGCUGAAGGGAGUUGUAGUUUAGCAACAUCUGGAGGGCAAAAGGUUACACACUUGUACUCCUAUCGAGACAAGGGAUAGAGUUCAGGAGAUAAAGAUGGUAGAAUGUCCAGUACCAAUGUUUUGUGGACAACAUAAAUGUAUCCCCAUGAAUUGGUAGGGAGCGAUUCUUCUGCUGAUGUCCUGAACCCAUGGCCUACCUUGUGGCAAAUCAGGAGUCAAGUCCCUAGUCCAGGGUCAAUCCACAUGUCCACAUGUGGGCUGCAUCAUGUGAUUGAUUAUGUGUGGUGGGGCUUACCUGGGCCCCCACAGUAUUUUAUUCAACUUGGCACCCCUGCACUGUUGUGUUUUCUGAACAGCUGUUGUCUUGAUUCUAAUGUGUGUGUGUGUGAAAACCAGCCUACUGUUUGAAACUGAAAUUUACAUUCAUUGCUCCUCCCACUUAAUCUCUGGCCCCACCCACCACUGGCACCCAGAACAGAAUGCAGUCCUUGGGAUCAGUAAGGUUGACCACAUCUGUUCUAAUCCAAAUUUAACCCUCAUUUGGCAAUUCUGUUCUUAGCUAUUAGUUUCCUCCUGGAGCUUGCUGAGCUGAUCAAAGUGUCUUUAAAUAACAUAUUAAACAUUAGUGUUGGCAUUGCUAACCAAACAUGAAUACUGCUGUACAAAGCAAUUGCUAGUCUACAUGAUUUGACUUGUUUUUUGUUUUGCUUUCGUUUUUUAACAGAUUGUUGUAUUCAUCCUUUGGGUUGCUCUGUAUAUUUUGUUCUGUUUUCUGAAAAGUAAUAAAAAUUUCAGUUUUAAGAAUG